AUGUAUAAUGACACCUUUAGCAGCUGGACAAGCACCCCGACCCCUCGCUGGAUAGGCCCUGAUUGCUAUGCCAGCAUCAAUAUGAAUGAAAGACACCAGAGAGAAGACUUCAGUAGCCUCUGGGCAUCUGUACAGGGGUCUCCCGCUGGUGAAAUGGCCACACAAAAUGCACCAAAUGAUUUGUUCAAGUGGAAGCAUGCUAGUCCUCACAUGCCGACCAACUUCAGCAACAUCAAUCCAGAGAACAUGAAUAAUCAUGAGCCGGGUGGGUAUCGCCAUGGUAGCACAGGAAGCACAGGCAGUUACCGUAGCAGCACCGGCAGCGUUAGUAACCCAUCAACACCCACCAACACGCCCCUGGUCAUCCCCCAACCAGUCAAGCCACCCAUCAAGUCAGGCAAAACGUACCCCUGUAAGAUGUGUGAUCAGGUGUUUACAACCAAGUCGGACAUGUUAAUUCACUCCCAGCAAAUCCACAAACAGGACCCGAAGCCCUAUCACUGUCCUGUUUGCCAGAAAUGCUUUGCCAAUUCCUCCUAUCUGUCGCAACAUAACAGAAUCCAUGCGGGAAUUCGUCCGUAUAAGUGUGAAAUAUGCGAACGCAAGUUCACACAGUUAUCCCAUCUUCAGCAGCACAUACGUACACACACUGGGGAAAAACCGUACAAGUGCAUGCACCCUGGGUGUGGCAAGGCCUUCUCGCAACUCUCAAAUCUUCAGUCGCACUCGCGUUCACAUAUGACUGACAAGCCUUUCCGGUGUAACUCUUGUUACAAGUGCUACGCCGAUGAACAAGGUCUACGUGAUCACAUACCCAAGCAUUCAGAGACUAAACAUUUGAAGACUCACAUUUGUAGGAUAUGUGGUAAGUCAUACACCCAGGAGACAUACCUGACGCGUCACAUGGCAAAACACUCGCAGGACAAUAUGAAUAUGAACAAGCUAGUUCCACCGCGACCAAUCAAGCAAGAACCAAAUGAUCAUUCCAAUGGGCAGGAUUUCAGCGUGAACAGGCUACCGGACCGAUCUCAAGAUGGUGGUGUAACCCCAUGUGGGAAAGGAUCGUCAGCAUUCAUGCCUAUUCCACAGUUUGGUGGUAACGUGCCCAUGAGUACAACUAACUCUAACUACCAUUAUGGUUCAGGGUUGCCUAGCAACUCUCUGAGCCCCUCCCUACCACAUAUUUCUUCUAUGGCCUCCCGUAGCUACUUUCCAUAUGAUCCUCUGGGCGGUUUCCGCAAAGCGGAUGCCCAAGAGCGAAAUCUCAAUGCAACGAUGACCCGCCAUGACAGCAUGCUGGCAAAUAGCCUGCUAAGUCUGCAGCAUAUAAAAAACUACGCAUCUCAACAGAUGCCAUCAUUCAGCCCCACAUGUUCAGGGGGUGGAGCCAGACUCACUUGA